AUGGACAGCGGAACAAUUGCAAACAUCGACAAUUCGAUCGAGAAGCUGGACUCGGAAAUCGCUAAAAUCCGGCAGGAGAUCAACAACUUCCAGAAUAGACGACGCUUGCUAUCAGCCAGUCUCCUAUCGUCGGAUUACGUACGCCAACGAAUCGAACAAAGCAAUAGCCAACGCGAUGGCGUCGUCGCCUCAACUUCUACAGCUACUGUCGCAAGAAGCGUACGCGAAGAAGUCUCAUCGUUGCUUAGCAAUGCGCAUAAACACCGCGAAACGAACCUCCACCGCCUAGCAUUUGCAACAACGUCAUUUCCCUGGAAAGAUCCAAAUCCGUAUUCAGAUUGUCCCAAUCUGCUGGGUAUAAGAAUUGAUGUAUCUGAGCGGGGCGGCACAUUUGCGAAACCGUAUUAUGUGCUUCUGCGACGGGAGAAAGAGGACAACACAACACCAACAUCGUCGUCGUCGGUACAAAGGCAGCGUCGGUCAAUGGCUCUUUUCUCCAUCUAUCGACAUACGAUCCCGGCAUUCAUUCCGAUAGAGAAAUUGGCGCAGAGAUAUCUCCCGCAAGCUCGAUCUAUCCGGAAGCGGGGCGAGGCGGACGAUGAGAUCGAGAUGCUAAAGGCGAAAGCGAAAACAAGGAAACAGGACCUCUCUACUUUUGUGCGACAAUUGCGCAAGGAGAUAGCCGCGUGGCAUGUGCGCCGUGAUUCGAUUUCAUGGCUACAAGAACGUACGGGUGUUACUAGCGAGAAUCACGAUGGCGAUGAAGGUGUAUCCGAGCAAGAGGAAACGGAAAGACAGCAAAAUGAUCACGCAACGCUUCUUGUGUCACUUGCUGCUACAUCGCUAGAAUGCAGAUAUGUGCGAUUGGAGUGGAGAGAUGGUAGGGUCGGUCGAUUCAAAAUAUCGAACGCGGGACUUGUCGAACGGGCGGUUGUUAUUGGGGACAAAGGCCGCGAUAAAAGAACCGAGACAAUUCUGAUGGGAGGAGAUCGGCGAGUUGAGACGCUGGUUGGUCGGUUAUUGAGUACGUAG